AUGAGACAUUGGGGCUCACUAGACAAGGAUAACGGACGAUUUGCUUGCCCUACUGAAGGAUGCCUUGAAAGCACUGAAGACCCGGUCAGAAUACAACGGCACGUCAAGAACUGUGAUCCAGCUAGGUUUCAACAGCCAAGGGUGAUGACAGUGCCACCAAGAGACUUUGUGACUCUGGUGCCACCUGGAGAUCAACUGGUUGACAUUGUCAUCUGUACCACCUGCCAUACUGGCCUGGACACACCUGAAGUUCAAGCCCACCUGUUCAAUGCUCACAAAGAGAAGGUCAGACAGGAGGAUGUAAUCCUUAACUUCUCUUCACAUGGUGUCUCCCUUCCAUCGACUGCGCCCAAAUAUCCUGUCUCUCGGAGUGGACGUCUAGACCUAUGCCAACCAGUUGAAGGCCUCUUCAUGUACUUGGGGUACAUUUGUACUGCUGAUAAUCAUGGGGAACAGUGUGGGCAUACUGUUCGGAAACAGGAUUCUAUGAAAAAUCACUUUCGUCUGGAACAUACUGACUCUAAUGGGCAUUGGAAGGACAACUGUAAAAGAAGUUAUGUACAACACUUGGUUCACAAAAAGAGGUACUUUUGCGUGGAUCGUGUUCCAGCUGCGCCGACCGUGAUAAGUGGGAUACUUGAAGGAGACGAAUGGAGGCCUCAAACUAUGGAUACUCCUCUGACGGAGAGAUGGGAGCAACUCAAAGAUGCGCUUUCAAAUCUGGAUGUCUUUUUGGUUCCAGAGGCCAAUGCCAAUACCGAUGUCCACGCUUCCUUGCUCUAUGACCUAGUCAACUACCUGGAUGAGAUGGACGACUGGAUCAAAUACGUGGAGGGGUGGAUGUUGACAAGAAUGAAUUCCUUGAAAGAGGCUCAUUAUGGACUUAGAAAAGAAGGAUUGAAAGAAUCCACGGAGAAGGAAGCUCCCACAGUUGGACUGUCUCCCUUGCAGGAGAAACAGACUAGGAGCAGAUACGCAAGGACGAUUGCCAAGAUGCUGCUGUUCACUUGGAAGACGUUUGAUACUCCACUGGCGGCUUUCUGGUCUAGACGUCAACUACGACUGAAAACUACUUUGGCGAGCCUCUCUAGAUGUGUCGGAAAUCCGUUGCCCUCUCAUGAAACCAUCAACCAGUUGCUAGAUUUGGCUAUGUUUCAGUAUGUUGGCUUUUCUUGCUCUCUGGCGAAACUCUCGAGGGUCCAAUCGGCUGUGGAGCAAUUCAUAGCGCUCUCUAUGAUCCAAGAAGAUGGAUCCUUCUUUGCGCCCCUCGAAUUGACUCAUAACAUUGCAGCGGUGCAAUAUGGAAUUCGACUAGGCCUGACUUUCCACUGGGUGGCUCUAGCGUCGGAGAUGGAUGAUGAAGAAUUGGAAGAAGACGAAGAACAAGACCUGAGCAAUGAUGCAGAGAUGGCGAAAAUGCGGCAACACUUCUCUUGGAUUUCGCAAGACUCUCGAGCAUCACCUUUUAUGACUCUCAGGGACUGGAUGAGACUGGGCUCUACCUUCAUCAUGAAUGAGCAAGUGCCUGACGAGACGCACUGGGUGGACUCUGAAAUGACCCGUCUGAUGAUUGGCCCUUCGACAAUUACGAUUAAUGGGGUCCAAACAAGUCUCCGGGCGGUGAUCACUUCUCUUCGAACGGAGUUCCAAAACGUACUCAAAGGGGUCACUCUGCCUGAUUUCUUGGCGACUGAACUUGUGGAUGAUUCUCGAAAUACUAGCCUUCAUUACAACUACCUAGUGCCAUCGACCAAUGAACAGCUGUAUCGACUGAAAGUGCUCAAGGAUUGGACUCUGAAUGGUAAUCCUCAAAAAGUCCUUGCUCCCAACUGGGAGGAGGUUAUCCAAGUUCCAAAUCCAAAUCUUAAGCGGUUAUGGGCACCUGGACCUGCGUGGAGAUGGCUCAGAAAGAACAGAUAUCUUGCUUGA